UACCUCAAAUUGUCAAUCGUUUUUUUUGUUGUUCCUCAUCAAUACUGUUUGGUACUAAGCUUUUUUUGUAUAAAUUAAAUUGUGAAUUUCAUCUUGUUGAGAUAAUUAAUUUUUUCUAAUGGAGAAAUUAAAUUCUAAAUGAUUACAUAGAGACAAAGAAGAAGAAGAAAAAAUUGUCCGUUGGAAUCAUAGAUGGUAGCACAGGAGUAGAGUUUAUAUGGUUUUCUUCUGAGGUUUUCUUCAUCCUCCAUUUUCUGCGCAGCCUGAAAACAGAGUUCAGCAAUUUGUUUAAUUUCGGUUAUUAAUGAAAAUAUCAACAAGUAUUAUCAUGAAUAAUAGUGAUAUCGGUGAUUGUGAUGAUCUCAGUGACGAUGAUUCUAAUUUUGAUGACAAUGAUCUUUUAUCAUCAUCCUGCCAAGAUGAAGUCACAGCCCAACUCGCUGCAGCAGGCCCAAUCGGAGUUGCUGCAGCUGCCGCCAUUGCUACCGCCAAGAAAAGAAAGAGACCUCACUCUUUUGAGACAAAUCCUUCGAUAAGAAAACGACAACAAACAAGAUUAUCGAGAAAAUUGAAAGCAACGAUCGAUGAGUACACUACACGUGUUGGUCAACAAGCAGUGGUUUUGAUAGUCACACCAGGAAAACCUCAAAAUAAUUACAAAGUAUUUGGUGCUAGACCAUUAGAAAAUGUGGUUCGAAAUUGUAGGAAUAUUAUAAUGCAAGAGCUUGAAUCAGCUUUGGCUCAACAAGCACCACCUCAAGUCAAAGAAGAUCCUUCUCGUCAUGAAUUACCCCCUCUAGUCGUAGAUGGUAUUCCAACUCCAGUGGAAAAAAUGACUCAAGCACAACUAAGAGCUUUUAUACCUCUAAUGUUGAAAUAUUCCACCGGACGCGGUAAACCUGGUUGGGGAAAAGAAUCCACCAGACCUGUAUGGUGGCCUAAAGAUCUUCCUUGGGCAAACGUUAGAAGUGAUGCUCGCAGUGACGAAGAGAAGCAAAAGGUUUCAUGGACUCAUGCUCUCCGACAAAUUGUGAUAAAUUGUUAUAAGUACCAUAAUCGCGAGGACAUGCUUCCGGUAUUUAGUGAAGAUGACGAUAAAAAACAAGAAUCAUCCAAAGAGAAGGUGAAGCCACGUACUCACACAAGCAUCAGCGUAACAGCAGUUCCAGCAGUGCCAGGGAGUUCUAACAUCACCAGUCUACCUACUCUAUCAGCAGACUCUGCGACUGACACUUUAGCGGUAGCAGCACAAAGUGUCAAUAUGCAGUAUCAACAGGUACAUUAUGCUCCGACCAUGGUUCAGGCCAUUAACAAUCCAGACGGAACUGUUUCACUCAUUCAAAUGGACCCUAAUAGUGCUGCUGUAGUUACUCUUCCAGAUGGAACUCAAGCUCAAGUUCGAGCUGUCAGUGCAGUUAGAAUACAAGGCUCGGGAGCUGAAGCAAAUCAAGCUGUCCAAACAUUAGCUGAACUAUCUAGUGGUCAAGAUGGUGAUAGAGUUACUCAAAUUGGUACUGUAAGUGUGGAUUUAAGUGGCGAUGGAACAGGUCAAACUGUUGCCACUUUAGCCGAAGCAACUAUUAGUCCUGAUGGUCAAAUUAUACUUACAGGGGAAGAUGGAACUCAAAGUACCUUUCCCGUUUCCGGUAUGGUAACCAUACCUGUAUCGAUGUACCAAACUGUGGUCACCAAUAUUGGAAACCUUAAUGAAGGAAUACCUGUGACAAUGAGUGCCAUAACUGCUACUGAGUCAGCUUCAAGUACAACGGGAGGAAUGGCAGAGGAACAAGUCAAUGAUGCCAGCACAACGACCAAUACCGAAAUGGAAGAUGUUAAAACUGUUCUCAAUGACACUAGCCAAUAUAAAUCGUCUUUUAAAUAUUCACUUAAAUCAAAUUCGUGGAUAUAAGACGUUAGACACAGAUCUCUUCCUUUUGCCUGUUUUUUUUCUAAUUUCACCUUAAUUUGUAUGUAAAACUCUCACUGAUUUUCCUCCCUCACAUCUUCUUGUUUCUAAUCUUUCUCUCUUUUUUCUCUUCUUCUUUCUUCAAAUCUUCUUUAUCCUGAAAAGAUUACUGAAAAAAAGCAAGGCAAAAGACUAAUGAGGAGACCUUGUUUCUUAUGACAUUUAUGUAAUUAUUUUGAUCAAUUCAUUUACAUCUUGUAUAUUUACUCAUUUUGAUUUCCACCAAGACACUCGAAAGUGUUGAUCACAAACCUUUUUUUUCUCCUUUUUCUCUCUCGUUCUUUUUUGUCAUUGUAUUGUUUUCGUUUUUCUCCUUAAUUAGAUUUCUGUUAAUGCCAAAUCAACGCUAACAUCAUCAUCCACCAAUCAACCAUCAACAUCUUCGCCACCGCUUCAGCUUUGGCUCUUUCGAAUCUUUCGCCAACUCUUCUUCUCUCUUCCCUUUAUUUGUCAUCCUUCCCUUUACUCUUCUCAUCCUCAUUAUCCAAAAAUCGCAUCACAAUUCAUAUUUCAUCACCUUUCUCUCUCUCUCUCUCAUUCCUUUUCUUCCCUCUCCCUCUCUCUCUCUCUCCCAUAACAAAUCAAUUGUACGAUCAUCAUCCCAUGUAAAUUAUUCAGACAAAGUGUAAUUUUCUUGAUUAACAUUUUGUUCAUCCAGUGCAUCAAGGAAUAAGAAAUUGGUUACAAUUAAUUAUAAUUAAUUUAAAAUUGUGUGUGUGUUAACCAAUUCAAUUGAAUGAAAAACAAAACAAAUCCAAAAAUCUCAAGGUUAUCACAAGAACAACAGUUACAAUUAAAAUUAAUUGUAACCCCAUCGAUUAUCAUUACCAUAAAAAUCACCGUAAACAAAAUCAUCAACAAUUUAAAUAAAUCAUUGGUAUACAAACAUCAAUACUAAUCAUUAUAAAAUCGAGACGAUCAAUUUAGGACCAUCAAAUCUUCAUGCAAACAAUUUGUUAAUUGGAAAAAAAGAAAGAAAAAGAUUUUCAAUUUUUUGCUUUUAUAUUAAGUGUUUUGGAAACAAUUAAUUGCAAAUGAAUCUCAUCUAAUCAAAUCAACUAAUUAGUUGAUUAUUUUUCUUUUCUUAAUCAACCUUUUACCUCUUGUAAUUGUUUUCCAGUUUCCACUUUUAAUUAUCAUCUCUCAUCAACACGAUCAACUGAUUCAAUGAAAUUGCCUAAUUACAAUUGA